AUGUUGACUGGCAUGUGGACUGUGAGAGUGCCGAGGCUGGUGCGGACUUUAACUGCUGCGUCUCCUUCUACGAAAACGGAGACACUUGAAGUGGAGACUGUCUCUUUUAUCAAAGCAGCAAAAGGAGACUCUUCUGCUGCUGCUGCUGCUGCUGCUGCUGCUGCUGCUGCUGCUGCUGCUGCUGGCGGCGGUGCGGCGGCUGCAGCUGCGCCCGCUGCAGCAGACGGACUCGAAGCAGCAGCCUCCGUUGCGUCCGCAGCAGCAGCAGCAGCAGCAGCAGCGGGGGACUCUGCUGCUGCUGCUGCUGAGGGGAGGGGCUGGUUUGCUGCUGCUGCUGCAGCAGCAGCAGCAGCAGGAGCUGCUGCUUCGAAGACCUCGAGCUCGCUGCUGCCCAGCUCCGCCAGCAGGCUGCUGCGGCCGUCUCCUUCUUCCUGCUGCUGCAGCACCCGCAGCUGCUGCACUGUCAGAGAAGCAACAGCAGCAGCAGCAAACGAGGGCCGCAGCAGCAGCACGCACUCCAGAGACUCCACCGUGUGGGAGAUCCUAAACUGCGGCGGAAAAGCAUAA